UGCAAUGGCUUCUCAAAACAAGAAACCAGAAGGGGCCCGGAUCAGAGUGUUCAUCCCACCAUAAGCAAAAGGUUAGAUUUCUUCACUCUGUUUACGGUAUACCACAUCUGGAAAACAACUUCUCUGAAAAAUCUUCGUAAUACCCAUUUUUUCUCUCUAAGACCAUGAUAUGUACCCAAUUUCCUGGUCAAAGGUUUCUUUUCGGCUUUUCUUAAUGGCUACUGAAGUUUCUAAGACCCAUCUCAAGACCUGUCUUCUAGUCUUCCUAAUCUUCUCGUUUCUGUCAAUCUCUCUUUCCUUCAUCAAACCGCAAGGGUCUCCUCUUUCCACUACUUCCCAGCUCUUCAAUGGCAGAACAAACCCUGUUUGUGAUGGUUUGCGGAGGCUAAAAGACUACAAAUCGAUCUGCUCAUUCAUUCAAUCCAAUAACCCAUGUGUCUCUCAAGGCUUUCUUGAUUAUCUCUAUCUCUUCUAUUGCAUUUGUGGGCGAUGGCCCCCUUUGGGCUAUUCUAUUCUGUCAAUCUGGCUUAUUCUUCUGUUUUACCUUCUUGGAAACACAGCUUCUGAGUACUUCUGCUCUUCUCUUGAGAGCUUAUCAAGGGUUUUGAAGCUCUCUCCUGCCAUAGCUGGGGUCACUCUUCUUUCUCUGGGCAACGGAGCACCAGAUGGGUUUGCUAGUCUAGUUUCCUUCACUGGAACUGGGGCUCGUCGUGUGGGUCUCAACAGUGUAGUAGGGGGUGCUCUCUUUGUUUCCUGUGUUGUAGUUGGAAUCAUAAGCACUUUCAUGGGGCCUCAUCAGAGUUUAAUUGAUAAAUCUGAUUUUGUAAGAGAUAUUUGCUUCUUGCUUUUAGGGGUUGUGUCAUUGAUUUCUAUUAUGAUUAUUGGAGCAAUCAAUAUUUGGGGAGCAGUGGCUUUUGUUUCUCUGUAUUUCAUUUAUGUCCUUGUUGUCUACUUCAUGCAUUUCCACAGGAGUAGGAACACAGAGGACUUUGGGAUUGAUUCUGGUGGUGAAUUGAGUGAACCCAUUUUAGGAAAUUGUGAAAAGGAUGAUCUUGAAGGUUAUUGUCAUAAGAAAGAAGAAGAAGCUGGUUGUAGAGCUUCUUUUGGUAGGUUAUUGUACAAUAUUGUAGUAGGGUUGCCUCUGUACUUACCAAGGAGAUUGACCAUUCCUGUUGUUAGUGAGGAGAGAUGGUCCAAGCCCUUUGCAGUUGCUUCAGUUACAUUAGCACCAGUUCUCUUGGGAGCCCUUUGGAACUCAGAGAAGGGAAGCAGUAUAGGUUCUAGAGAAGGCCUUGUGGUAUAUGUAAUUGGUGGGUUGAUAGGGAUUACUUUUGGGAUACUUGCAUUCCUGACAACAGAGAAAGAGAGUCCUCCAAAGAAAUAUAUCUUACCAUGGCUUGUUGCAGGUUUCUUGAUGAGCGUAACUUGGAGUUAUAUGAUAGCUCAGGAAUUGAUUGGGUUACUAAUUUCACUUGGUUAUGUAAUUGGGGUGAGCCCUUCAAUUCUAGGGCUGACAGUGCUUGCUUGGGGAAACUCACUAGGGGAUUUGAUAACAAAUUGUACAAUGGUGGCUGUGAAUGGUGGGUCAGAUGGAGUCCAGGUGGCAAUGUCAGGGUGUUAUGCAGGACCCACCUUCAACAUAUUGGUGGGGUUGGGCAUGUCACUAGUUGUCUCAUGUUGGCUUGCAUAUCCAUCUAGUGUUUUGAUACCUAAAGAUCCACUUCUCUUGGAGACACUAGCCUUAUUGGUGGCUGGUUUGGUUUGGGCUCUUGUUAUUCUGCCAAAGAGAAACAUGAAGAUUGAUGGGUUUUUGGGAGCAGGGCUUUUGGCAAUAUACCUAGUAUCUAUUUCCUUGAGAGUUAUUCAGGCACUUGGAGUUGGAUCUAUUUAAUUUCAUCAUCAUUUGUAAAGUAGUUAUAGAAUUUGGGAAAUCAAUGGAAUAUGUUUAUAAUCAAUAGCUAGGAAUUGUGAUUGUUUAUGUUAUUGAACAAUAUGAUGAUAGACGUUAGAUCUGCUCUGUGUCUUGUUUUUU